AUGUCCGCGUCUGGCCCCUCCAAGGGCCAGGUUCACGUCAAGCUCAUCCAAGCGCGAGGUCUCAAUGUGCGCUCUUCACAGUCCAAGCCGUAUGUGGUCGUCCAGUUCGAACAGAACGAGUUUGUCGGUCGCGACCCCAUUGAGGAGACUGCGAAGGAGGCCAAGGGCCUGCCUACCAAUCUCUCCCGGCAGUCAUCUUCGACUGCCAUCUCUGCCCUCACCGCCGUGAGCAAGGGCAACAAGGACGGUGUCCCGAAGGGCGUCAGUCGGGCUCACCGACUGCCACAAAUGGCGGUGCCCCAAGUCUGGUCUCAACGGUUGUUCGGGUCGCGCAUAUCGGCCGUGAGCCCUGUCUGGAAACACGAGGUGUCCUUCGAUGUCACGUCGGAUCUAUCUGCGAUCACGUUCAAUGUCUACGACCGCUCGGCAACCGACCCUGGCUUCCUGGGUACGGUGCAGAUUAAGCCUGCGCUCGUACACGAUCACACCGUCGACCAGUGGUUCAAACUGCGCCCGUUUGAGAACGAGCCGGUGAGCGGGGAGAUGCGCGUACAGAUUACGUUCGAGGCGAACAAGACGAAACGCGCCCUGACUCCGCGCGACUUCGAUUUCCUCAAGCUCAUCGGGCGUGGCACGUUUGGUCGCGUGUUCCAGGUGCGCAAGAAGGACACCAAACGCAUAUAUGCGAUGAAGGUCCUUUCGAAACGCGAGAUCCUAGCAAAGAAGGAGGUCGCGCACACGCUCGGCGAACGCAAGAUCCUUCAGCGUUCUUUGGACUGUCCGUUCCUGGUUGGGCUGAAAUUCAGCUUCCAAACGGGCUCGGAUCUCUACCUCGUGACCGAUUUCAAGAGCGGAGGUGAGCUAUUCUGGCACCUCCAGCGUGAAACACGGUUCAGCGAGGAGCGAGCGCGAUUCUAUAUUGCGGAGCUCAUCCUCGCACUCGAGCACCUGCACAAAUACGAUAUUGUGUACCGAGACUUGAAGCCGGAGAACAUUCUGCUUGACGCGACAGGUCACGUCGCACUAUGCGACUUCGGCCUGUCAAAGCCUGACCUGCGCUCCGACGAACUGACGAACACGUUCUGCGGCACAACCGAGUACCUGGCCCCUGAAGUCCUUCUGGACGAGCACGGAUACUCGAAGCUGGUCGACUUCUGGAGUCUGGGUGUACUGCUGUUCGAGAUGUGCUGCGGGUGGAGCCCAUUCUAUGCGGAAGACACACAGCAGAUGUACAAGAACAUCUGCUUUGGGAAAAUCAGGUUCCCAAGGGGUGUCAUCAACGAGGACGGAAAGCAAUUUGUCAAAGGGCUGUUGAACCGGAAUCCCAAGCACCGUCUUGGCGCGCAGCGGGACGCGGAGGAGCUGAAGGAGCAUCCGUUCUUCAAGACUAUCGACUGGAAGGCGCUCGCGCUCAAGCAGGUCACGCCGCCGUUCAAGCCCGCCGUGGAGUCGGACGAGUCUGUCGCCAACUUCGACCCGGAGUUUACUUCUGCGGACGUGCGUGACGCGGGCCCGGAUGAGAUCAUGGACCUCGAUGAGGAGGAUCCGUCGGAGGACUGGGUCGCGCUCUCCCAGAGCGUCUCCGCGGCAACGAUGCACACCCCCAAUGGCCCGCUCGGGAGUGACAAGACCUUGGGCGCCCUUUCCCCUUCCUCUGCUCCUGUGGCGACCGCGCCAUCGGCGCCGGCGGGGAUUGAGAUCCAAGGGAAGAGGAAGAAGCGCGAGGCUGCGGGGAGCCCCCUGACGAGCAGCGUACAGGAGAACUUCAGAGGCUUUACGUAUCACGGCGAGUCGGUCAUGCCGGCUGCGGCGGGUAUGCUUGCGGACGUGAGGGGUGGUGUAGACGAGAAUGUGGUGUCUCCGCAGGAGGAGGACGUCGACACUGACGACGAGCUCGCGGACGAACGGCCUGCCGGGCGUUAUGCGCACAGAAGAGACGAUGAUGAAGACCACUUGGAUGGCUUCGACGAGGAUCUACACUAG